AUGGGGGCCGCGCUGCUCCGCUGGCUGGCGCUGGCGCUGCUGGCGCGCACGUCGCGCUGCUCGCUGCUGCCGCUCGAUACCGAGCGCCUGCACGCCAGUGUGGGCGGCUACGCUGUCAUGAACUGCCAUUUGGACUUCCCAUUUGGAAAUGAAAUACCUUAUCAUCUUCAGUGGGACAAAGAUGGGGAAACAAUCUUCUCGUGGUACAGCGGCGACGGUGAACCGCAAGUGGCAGACCGAUGGGGAGGGCGGGUGCGACGGGUGAGCGGGCACGGGCUCGGGGGCGGCUCCGUCAAUGUGAGCUCAGUGCGCGAAACCGAUGCCGGCUUGUAUCGCUGUCGCGUCACCUUCCCCAAUCGAACCCCGCCUACGAGAAACAAUGGUACUUUCUACUACUUAGACGUAGACGGUGGUAAUCUGAUAGUGACUCCACCCAUGAACACCACUGUGCUUGAGGGUGAUCGUGCUGAACUUGAGUGUCUGCCGAAAAGCCCUGAAUGGGCCGUACAGUGGUACCGCGAGAGUGUACCCGUGGAAGCGUUGCCGGAGUUGGCUUUGAGAUCAGAAAUGGUAAUAAAUGGAAGCCUUAUUCUACGAAAAGCGGUUAGUACUGACUUGGGAGAGUAUGAAUGCCGUAUCAGUGCUCCGGAUGGUCAGGUGCAAAGUGCGAGUGCUUUCUUAGAUGUCCAAUAUAAAGCCAAAAUUGUUUACUCGCCUAAAGAAAGAUAUUUACCAUACGGAAAAUCAGCUAGCCUUGAUUGCCACUUCAGUGCUAAUCCACCUUUGACAAAUUUACGUUGGGAAAAAGAUGGAUUUUUAUUCGAUCCGUACAAUGUACCUGGAGUUUUUUAUAGUAGAAAUGGCAGUCUACUUUUUAAUCGAGUAGAUGAAUCGCAUGAAGGACUCUAUUCUUGCACGCCUUAUAAUUCUUUGGGUAGCGAAGGCCCGUCAGCAGGGGUGCGCGUGCGCGUGCAGCGGCCGCCCGCGCUGGCUGUGCGGCCGCAGCCUUUAUAUCUUGUUCGACUCGGAGCAACUGUCACGUUACCUUGCACUGCUGCUAUAGAGCCACACUACACGCUACCUGCUAUUCGUUGGUCUAAGAAAGAUGGCAGCGAAUUGCCAAAAGGCCGUUACUCUCUGAUUGACGGCAACUUGACAAUCAGCGAAGUAUCUGAGGAUGAUCGCGGCGUGUACGUGUGCGCAGUGAGCAACGCAGCUGACGAGCUGGCGGUCGAGACGGAGCUGCUCAUAGAGAACGUUCCGCCUCGUGCCCCGUACAAUCUCACCGCCCUGGCUUCGUAUGACUCCAUUCACCUUUCGUGGGUUCCUGGUCACAAUGGACUUGAUGUAGAAUACAAUGUGUGGUACCGUGAGCGCUUAGAUAGUGAAUGGCGAACAAUGAAAAUCCUCUCACGCGGUGUGACAGACGCUACACUGGUGGGCCUCCGCCCCGACACGGAGUACGAACUGCGAGUGCUGUCACAGGACCAUAUUGGAGAUGGCCUCUUCAGCAAACCAAUUUAUGUUCGAACUUUAGAUCCUCAGCUGGAAGAAGAUGAAGGAGCUACAGUAUUCAUAACGUCAGCAAUAACAGAAGGGCCAAGCAGCACCGUGUUGGGAGGAGUGACAAGUGGCGUUGUGAGCAGCGUGGCGGCGCCCGACGAGAUGUCGGUGAGUGUGCGUCUCAUCGAAGAGGGCGCGCUCGUGCGCUGGAGCCGCGCGGCCGGCGACGCCGUGCGCUGCACCCUGCGCUGGUACGACGCGUCCGAGCCCGACCACCGCCUUCUUGCCACAGUUACUACGCAACAGGAUUAUAUACUGGUGAGCGAGGUGGAGGAGGGCGCGAGCUACUGGGCGCGCGUGGAUUGCGGCGGCGCGUCGGGCGGCGGCGCGGUGCGCGUGCCGCAGUAUGCGCGCCUGCGCGGCGUGGCGGUGGGCUCGGCGGCCGCCGCGCUUCUGCUGGCCGCACUGGCCGCUGCGCUGUGCCUCGCGCGCCGCCGUCUGCGCGGUCGCUCCCUCGACAAACGCACGCGC